AUGCAUCUCUCGCUGGAGCACGUUGAUGCUUGCCUUCCUAUUACGGCACUGAAAGCCCUUGAGGUGAAAGAUAAGAGGUUUAUUUUGCAAGGACAGGGUCUAUAUUGUCGCCUGAUUGAUGAGAACACCGGCAAACUUGUCGCUGAGCUGAAGACCUUUAAAAGGAACAACGUCCAUGGAUUCGCAGUUCUCAACCACACAGCGCAGAAUGCGGAAAGUGAACAUGUCCAGCUGGUAGCCUGGGGUGGACAGUCGGUCAGGAUUAUCGACCUAGCCCACGGGAAUCAGACCACGCUAUCGGCAGCAAGUGCGGAAUUCCUAGCGCCGGAUUGGAUUCUGGCUGGAUGUGCCUCUAGCGAGGACGGCAAACAAUGCGCUUAUCUUGUCACGGCCCAUAAUGCCCUUAUCUCCCUACAUGCUGUGCAGGCAGGUCCAUCAUCCAAGUAUGAAAAUGUGCUCCACCUACAACAGUUGCAAACGAGUGUCAAAUCCAUCCUCUAUUCAGCGCAUACCGUUCAGCUCUCGCCAUCUCACGUCCUGAUCGCUGCCGGGACCGUAUUCGGGGAGAUCAUUGUAUGGUCGUGUUUCAUUAACAACCCCGGAAGUCUCUGCUCCGACGCAGUCAGCUCCAUCCACCACUUCUUCACAGGCCACGAGGGGUCUAUUUUCGGCGUUGAGAUAUCGCCCACGAUCCUUAACCUGGGAAAUAACAAGCCAGGCCGGUUAUUAGCUACCUGUAGUGAUGAUAGAACCGUCAGGAUCUGGGAUAUAUCCGAUUGUGACAGUGCGUCUCCCAAUGAUCCAUCGGCUUAUUCCACAGACGGCUUCGAACUCCGCAGUACGGGCUUUAGUGCUGUUCGGGAACUGGGGUCGGAAUCGUGCAUUGCAAAGGCAUUUGGUCAUAUUGCUCGGAUAUGGGGCGUUCAUUUCAUGUCGACGGCGGCGGUGAAUGGCAAGUUACGACUGAUAUCGCGUGGGGAGGAUGCGCAGUGCCUGCUGUGGGAUUUGACUUGGAAACAAAUUUUGCAGACGCCAGUGUUUGAUCUACGUGAAAGUUCAUCUUUCCAUUAUCACACCGGGAAGCAUAUCUUUUCCCUGAGCAUGCAUGAGGUCGAUGGUAGGGUUGUUGUCCACACCGGAGGUAACGACGGCGCCAUUAAAACUUUCAGGAUCGACAAGGACGGGGAUGCAUCAGAUCAAGCCCUUGCUCCUGCUCCUUCCAACACCCAAAGCAAAAAGACCAAGAAGGAAGUUCCGUUCAAAGCAUUUGACUUUAUCGCCCCGGAUUGUUUCAUUGCGACGUCUGUGAAUGGAGAAGUUCAGCUUGGAUUAGUUGGACCGAAGAAUCUAACCGGACUUGGUAUGCAGCCUGAAGUAUCAAAGGAGAUUCUCUGCGUUGAGGACGAUCUCCGUGGUUACUCUGUUAUCUCUGGUUUGCCAUCAAAGGGGCUGGCAUUAUUAGGUAAUGCGCGAGGAUCGAUUCGCUUAUAUGACCACCAAAGCAAAUCAUUGGCCAAGAUUGUGCAGACGGAUCAGAGACCACUUGGGUUGUUCGCCUUGGAUUCCGAGCCCGCUUCGUCUAGUCCAUCCGACGCCGUCUCAUUUGUCUCUUCUUAUGUUACGACCGAUAGGGCAAAUCUUUUCACCGUCACAAGACAGGAGGGCUCAGAGCCACAUGUACAGAAUGUGCCCUUAUGCCUCCUUUAUCCUUCCGAGGUGCAAUGUGCCUCUCUCUUCUGUGGUGGCCAGUAUCUGGUUCUGGGAUUCAAGAACGGCUCGCUUGCUGUAUACCGGUUACCAAGCUCUGGUGACAGUUUCGAGGACCCGCUACGACCAAUAACAAGCAUCCGUCUCAUCCACGGCGACGAAGGCGUCAAUAGCAUUACACCAUUCUCAUCCCAAACCCACAAUGACGGCUCAUCCAUCGACUACCUCCUUACCUGCGGCCGCGACGGAAACUACUGCGUCCACGAAAUCACCACAAAAUCCUCCACCGACUCCUUCAACUUCCAAACAGUGCACCGCUCCUCCCCAGCAGCAAACCAGAACGUAGAAGGCGCAUACUUCGACAAAACCUCAGACAACCUCAUGCUCUACGGCUUCCGCGGCAUGGAUUUCGUCGUCUGGAACGAGAUCACACAGUCGGAAGUUGCUAGAUUUUUCUGCGGCGGUGCACGUCGGAACUGGGCUUUUCAGGCCAGUCUUGAGAAUGCGGGUGACGGGUUGUUCAUAUGGCAUCAGUCUGGGUUUAAUUGUCGGCGGAUACAUGCUGAGGCUAGCCGUCCGGUACGUGCUGGUGGUCAUGGGCGGGAGAUUAAGUCUAUGGAGGCGUUCAAUGCCACUGGCAGUGGUUCAAAUGGAAAGAAGACCAUUUUCGCUACGGGUGCUGAGGAUACGACUGUACGUCUGUUUGCACCAAUGCAGCCCGGCAAGGAAGAUCUAUGGGGCGCUUUCAAGAGUCUACGGGUUCUGAAAAAGCACAGGGCUGGAUUGCAACAGGUGGGAUGGUCGAAGAAUGGAGAGUACCUGUUUACCAGUUCUGGGUAUGAGGAGUUCUUUGCAUGGAGGAUACGCUGGAUCCCUCGGUUUGGAGUUGCGACGUUGCUCACGGGUGUGACUCCUAAGGAGGAUCCAGAUUCGGAGUGUCGAGUGACUAGCUUCGAUACACUGGAGGUUCGGGAACCGGAUGGCCAGUGUGGUUUUCUGAUUGUCUUGACUUUCCCGAACUCUGUGAUUAAGAUCUUCCAUUACUCUCCAUCAACCGAAAAUGGCUUUGCUCUCCUAGCAAAAGGAACCUACAUGAGCAACUGUCUAACACAAGCCCAAUUCGUCCAGAAGGACUCCUUCAUGGGUCUCAUCACCGCCUCGACAGACGGCCACUUCACUUUCUGGAACCUAACCCCAGUCCUCUCACCUUUCUACACAAUAACUGCAUCAAACCUAUCACUAAAACAACCACUCGAGUCCACAAUUACCCCGACAAACAUCUCCUGCGAAAGCCGCUACCAAAUCCAUUCCAACAGCAUCAAGUCCCUAGAACUGGUCCAUGUCUCAGAAAACACCUUAUUGAUAGCAGCCGGCGGCGACGACAACGCCCUCACGCUCUCCCUCCUCCACACAUCCCUCACCACCACCAACACCGACGAAACCACCACCCACGUCCACACAGUCAGCAUCCCCGACGCCCACACCGCCUCCGUAACGACCGUCAAGGUAAUCUCGCAGCGGAAAUCAGCCGACGGAAACACAACUGUUGAUUUAACAGUUGCUUCGUCGGGCAACGACCACCGGGUUAAGGUCUGGUCGGUUAAAUUGGAUACGGCGAAAGAGGGGGUGGAGGCGAUUAGUGUGAGGAAUGUGGUUAAUCAUUACAGCCCUGUGGCGGAUAUUGCGGCUUUGGAUGUUGUUCGGGGAGAUAUUGAUAGAGAUGCUGAUGAGGGGGAGGGGGUGAAGUUGCUUGUUUGUGGGGUUGGGAUGGAGAUGGUGACGGUUAGGGAGUGA